CGACUCAACUCAAAUUUUCCAUUCAAUAAUAAUUUUUGUUCUUUUUAUUUUCUGCAGCAUACUAUUUUUAUUUUCUUUCAUUUCUACAUCAAUGAAUUCACUUUUAAACCGUAACUUAUGCCAAAAUAAAUUGAAAAUUUACUCAUUACCCCUUUACAAUUUACAAAAAUAAUCCCUAACUCACAUACGCUCUUUACCUAUGUUUUAUUGAGAGGUGUGGAAAUUUUGGUUGAUGUUUGAUUGGUAGAUUCCAUUAUAAUUUUGAAAGAUUGAUGAUGAAAAACAUUAAUGGUUACAAACAAGAGAAAUGAAGAAGAUUAAAGAAAAAACAAUGUUUACAAUGAGAUUGAAGAAGAAAAAGAAGGAGCAGAGGAGUUAUUUGGGGUUUCUAUCGGAAUUAUUACUAGAAAUUUCUUUGUCUAUGGCUGCCACCUGCGAAAGUUCAUGAAGAAGGAAAAGAGGGGCUGAUUUUUUUGGUCUUAGCAGUAAGAGAAAUAAAAAAGAGAGUGAGCUUGUCUUUUUUGUUUUUGUUGCUAGGUGGCUUUUUAAAAUUAAUUGAGUGUCACGUUCUCAUCUAUUUUUAAUAAAUUAAAUGUAUUAAAAAAAUAAAAAUAAAAUGAAAGAUUAUUUUGCCAAUUUCAAUCCUGUGAGAUGGUUAUUUUGUUUAUCCAAUCGCCCAUGAUUCUCCACUGCCAACCUCUACAGCCACAGCUGCCUCAAUAUUCUCAGAAGCUAACGCGCGCGUGCCGCCGACCUAUUCGUUUGCUCACUGCUGUAUCAGUUCAGAGGCGAAGUGAUAGGAUGUAUGCAACUGCAAAUCCUGGAGUCUCUGUUCAAUCCAUGGUAAUAAAGCCUCCUUCACAUCCUACCUAUGAUUUGAAUGGUGUUAUCAAGUUAGCCCUUGCUGAAGAUGCUGGUGACCUAGGUGAUGUGACGACACUGGCCACUGUCCCGUCAGAUGUGGAAGUUGAAGCCCAUUUCUUAGCGAAGGAGGAUGGUGUCAUUGCUGGAAUCGCACUUGCAGAGAUGGUGUUUCAGGAAGUUGAUCCUUCUUUGAAGGUAGAAUGGUCUCAAAAAGAUGGUGAUUAUGUUCAUAAAGGCCUAAAGAUUGGAAGAGUCUAUGGAACGGCAUACAGCAUUGUUGUAGCUGAAAGGGUAGCUCUGAAUUUUAUGCAGAGGAUGAGUGGCAUAGCAACUCUAACUAAGGCAAUGGCUGAUCUUGCACAUCCUGCUAUUAUCUUAGAGACAAGAAAGACUGCUCCGGGCUUACGUUUGGUGGAUAAGUGGGCGGUACUUAUUGGUGGGGGAAGAAAUCACAGAAUGGGUCUAUUUGAUAUGGUUUUGAUAAAAGAUAACCAUAUUUCAGCCGCAGGUAGCGUCACAAGUGCUGUAAAAUCUGUAGAUGCAUAUCUAGAGAAAAAAAAUAUUACAAUGGAGGUUGAGGUUGAAACUAGGACUCUAGAGGAAGUACAUGAGGUGUUACAUUAUGCAUCACAAUCAAAGACUUCACUAACAAGGAUAAUGUUGGAUAAUAUGGUUGUACCACUACCCAGUGGAGAUGUUGAUGUAUCUAUGCUUAAAGAUGCUGUAAAACUGAUUAAUGGGAGAUUCGAGACAGAGGCCUCUGGCAAUGUUACUAUUGAAACGGUACACAAAAUUGGAAGCACAGGGGUGACCUACAUUUCCAGUGGUGCAUUGACACAUUCUGUGAAAGCUCUUGACAUUUCCCUCAAGAUUGACACAGAAUUGGCACUUAAAGUUGGGAGACGCACCAAAAGGGCAUGAUCUUUCUUGAUGUAAUCGUGUCCUCAUAUUAGCGGUUUAUAGGUCAAAUAAUAAUGUUGUUCAUGUUCUGAGAACACUAAGAUCACAAUGACGUGGACAGACAGUUUAUACUUGAAAGGAAUUCGUCAAUAAUGUAAAACAAAAGCUUUAUAUUGCAAAGGAAAGGAAAUGUCUAUUAAGAAAUGAGGACAUGACAGACCCUUUUGGUAGUUGAUAAGUGGGAUACAGGUACGCCAUAAUAUCCUCACUAGUCACUACACGUGGCUUCGUUACCUCUUAGAACUAGAAGAGGCAGCUUUGUCUUUUGAAAUGUCGGUUUGAUUUUAUUUGUUGUGUUCAGUUUUCGUAUUAUAUAGAGCUUUAAUUUUUCAAAA